UUGCGUACAUCCUGAUCGUUUGACAACUUCCAACGUUUUCUCUUGCAGAAAAUAAACAUGUAAUAUUUAUCCACACUGCGAGGAUUGUGUGCGUUUAAGGCCGAUUGGUUGCCGCUGCAUACCGCGUAUUGGUGACACUGAGGUCAAGAGAAAGGGGAAAAGAAAGGGCCAAUUUGCUGAUGGACGUAUUAUCGUUUUGCUAUUUAGCUUCAUCGGUGGUAAUGAGUGUGGACAUGUAGCUAAUGUGGAGUUUUCUGUGAAAUAUCUUCGACCUCUCCGGGUGUUAAUUGUGUGUGCGCUCUCCAAGAGGGAACUGCGGGCCUUUGUCGUGCUUUUUGUUUUCUACUUUGAAACAUUAGCAGAGAUUUUUUUUUUUUUUUCGUUCUGUUUUUUGGUUCAGUUAGUUACAAGUCAGAUAAGAGUCACCGCAGCGCAGACGUAACGUUACAAUGAGUUUCUUUAGUUUUGGACAAACUGCAGAAAUUGAUGUGGUCCUGAAUGAUGCAGAAACGAGGAAGAAGGCUGAACACAAGACGGAAGAUGGGAAGAAAGACAAAUACUUUCUUUUCUACGAUGGCGAAACCGUGAGUGGGAAGGUGAAUGUCACGCUGAAGAACCCCGGGAAGAGGCUGGAGCACCAAGGGAUCAAAAUUGAAUUUGUUGGCCAAAUAGAGCUGUAUUAUGACAGAGGAAACCAUCAUGAGUUUGUUUCCCUGGUGAAAGAUCUUGCAAGACCUGGUGAAAUAACUCAGUCACAGACCUUCGACUUUGAGUUCACUCAUGUUGAGAAACCUUACGAGUCCUACACAGGCCAGAAUGUCAAGCUAAGAUAUUUUCUUCGUGCUACAGUGAUCAGAAGACUAAAUGACAUCAGUAAAGAGAUGGACAUCGUGGUCCACACGUUGAGCACUUACCCCGAACUGAAUUCCUCCAUUAAAAUGGAAGUUGGAAUUGAGGAUUGUCUCCACAUCGAGUUUGAGUAUAACAAAUCCAAGUACCAUCUGAAAGAUGUAAUUGUGGGAAAAAUCUAUUUCCUGCUGGUGAGGAUUAAGAUAAAGCACAUGGAGAUUGACAUAAUCAAACGUGAGACAACGGGCACUGGCCCAAGCGUAUACCAUGAAAAUGACACUAUUGCCAAGUACGAGAUAAUGGACGGCGCUCCCGUCAGAGGAGAAUCCAUUCCCAUCCGGUUAUUUCUGGCUGGCUAUGAUCUGACUCCCACCAUGCGAGACAUCAACAAGAAGUUCUCUGUGCGCUACUACUUGAACCUGGUGCUCAUCGACGAGGAAGAGAGACGCUACUUCAAACAGCAGGAAAUCACACUGUGGAGGAAGGGCGACGUGGUGAGGAAGAGCAUGUCUCACCAGGCCGCCAUCGCCUCCCAGAGGUUCGAGGGCUCGGCGGCGUCAGAGAGCGCACUGGAACAAGCUGCAAGGGAGGAGAGCGGGUAGAGGCGCUGCCCUCCGAUCUCCUCGCACAACACUCAUUAGCGUGUGUGUUGGAGUGGUGGAGGUACCUGUCAACUGUACAUCUGGUCAAACAGCUGUAUUUUUUGCUGGUAAAGGGAGGAAGAACGGAGACCAACAUACAGUUAUACAGUAUGUGAACAAUGACACAGUUUGCAUUAGGCAUUCAAAACGGCGUCAGGCUGCUGGUCUCGACCUUCCUCAUUAAUGCUUUUUUUUUUUCUCUUUUUUUUUUUUCUCUUUAUGGGAAUCAAACUAACUAAUCACCUGUCGCGAUAUCCGCUGUGUAAAAUCCUUCAUGUGCAAUUCUUGGAUUUUUUUUAAUCCUUCUGUUUGUUACAUUCUCACACUUUUGGGGAUAAAUUUAUUUCUAAGCGCUUAAUUAAUGCAACUGAAUUGUCAUGAGUUUUCAAGAAAAUGUAUCCAACAUUCCACGUUUAAUGAAUGCAUUCCUAACAUUGUUAGAUGGUCAAGAAAUCUGAGAUAACUUUUGCACUGCUAUAUCUUGCUGAACAUUUUUCUCUUUGUGUUUGUGUGUGUUUGCACAAAAAAAAAAAAAAAAUGGUGGAAGUGGAAACUGGAAUCUCUUUCCUUUUGGACCCAAGUAUUAUCCCACACAUUUAAAAAAAAAAAAAAA